AAGCAAAUCCAAACCCAAAUAGCAAGUGGCCACUCAGUACCUUAUCCUUAACUCCUUUUCCUUUCUGCAAAAAAGCAUGGCUCUUAAAUCUUUCUUGAUUAUUUUCACAUCGCUUUUCAUCAUCAUUACGUUGACAUUCAUUCCAAGAACUACAUAUGCUCUACCUUUUGUUGUCUUUCAUGGAAUCUCAGACAAGUGCAGUCAUGAAGGAGUCACAAAAUUCACAGAGCUUCUGAGCAACUGGUCUGGUUCACAAGGAUAUUGCAUUGAAAUCGGCAAUGGUGAAUGGGAUUCAUGGUUUAUGCCAUUUCGAAAACAGACAGCCAUUGCUUGUGAGAAGGUGAAGAAUAUGAGUGAGCUCAAAGAGGGUUACAACAUAAUUGGACUUUCACAGGGCAAUAUGGUUGGCAGAGGAAUCCUAGAAUUCUGUGAUGGAGGACCUCCUUAUAAUUCAACCUGAAGUGGUAACAAAUCACAAAAACUUUGUUGUGAUGAUGUAAACUACAAUAGGCUCUGUUCAAAGUGCUCUUUUUUCUAUGAGGUGUCAGGUUCUACUCAGAAUGCUCUUUUUUCUAUGUGGUAUCAUCAAAUUAUAAAUGACCAGGCACUCGCAGUAUAUAAAAGUGAUUUUGAAGUCACCUCUAAUUACCAGCUUGUUGUAUAUAUCAGUUUCAGUUAAAGAAACAUUUUCUCCUACCCUUUUUGAUUUCUAAACAAAAUUAAGUACUUGUAUGAAAUUACAAGUUUGAACUCUAUAUUAUUUAUGUUCUUAAUUUG